AGAACGGAACGGAAAGAAUAAUCUUGGUUAAUGAAUCACAUGUGAUUAGUUAUACUCUGUGGUAUACAGUGAAUAUUUAGGUUUGAACAACUCAAGUUAAAGCAUACAUAAGAUUCCAACGUUUACUUAGUGCUACCACAAGCUUUAGUGUUAAGUGCACCAUGCAGAAUAUAAAUUUAAUAAAGUUAUUAGAAACUAUUACGAUUCCAAACAAACCAAAAGUGAUAUUUCCGUUACUUGCCAAUGGCAUUCAAACCAACAGAAGAUUUCAACGAUGUUUUGCUACAGUUGAAGAAAUUUUUCCCAACAAACCGGACUUCGCUUCUCGGCAUAUUGGACCACGAAAAACAGAUGUUGUUACCAUGCUUAACUCAAUUGGGUUUAAGUCUCUGGACGAGAUGUCCGAGAAAGUGAUACCGACAUCAAUUAAAUUCAAAAGAAUUUUGAAUAUAGAAGAUCCUUUAAAUGAACACGAAUUGAUUGAUAGAAUCCGAGCAAUAGCUAACAAAAAUGAAGUUUGGAGGUCAUACAUAGGUAUGGGAUAUUAUAACUGUCUAGUACCGCAUCCGAUUCAACGUAAUAUAUUCGAGAACCCAGGAUGGACAACGCAGUAUACUCCAUACCAACCUGAGAUAAGCCAAGGUCGUCUAGAGUCUUUGCUGAACUUUCAAACUUUGAUUACCGAUUUAACCGGGUUGGAAAUAGCGAAUGCCUCACUUCUUGAUGAAGGAACUGCCGCUGCUGAAGCAAUGAGCCUUUGCCAUCGCUAUAAUAAACGAAAAAAAAUAUUCAUCUCGCGCAAAUUACAUCCACAAACUGUUUCAGUUGUAAAAACGCGCUUAGAAGCCUUUGGUGUAGAAGUAGCAGUUGGUUCAGUCAAAGAGAUCGAUUUCGCUGAUCACGAAAUAUCAGGUAUACUGCUUCAAUAUCCCGAUACAUUUGGAGACGUACAAGACUUCGAACAAGUAUCUACUGAUUGUAAAAAAAAUGGAACCUUAGUAGUUGUAGCUACAGACUUACUUGCUCUAACCCUAUUAAGACCUCCAGCUGAGUUUGGAGCAGACAUUGCUGUAGGCUCCGCUCAGCGAUUCGGCGUACCGCUCGGUUACGGAGGACCGCAUGCAGCCUUUUUCGCUUGUAGGCAAAAACUAACUAGACUUAUUCCUGGUAGAAUGAUCGGUGUCACUAGAGAUAUGGAUGGCCAAGAUGCAUACCGUCUUGCGUUACAAACUAGAGAGCAACAUAUUCGAAGAGACAAAGCCACUAGCAAUAUUUGUACAGCGCAAGCUCUCCUGGCCAAUAUGUCAGCCAUGUAUGCAAUUUAUCAUGGUCCAGAAGGGCUAAAAAAUAUAUCUAACAGAGUUCAUAAUUGUGCCUUAACUAUUAACGCUGGAUUGAAAAAAGGAGGCCACGAGCAAAUAAACAAACAUUUCUUCGAUACGUUACAUGUUAUUCCACAUGGUAUGAGUACAACAGAAGUCAAAGCUAGAGCUGAAGCAAAAAAAAUCAAUUUGCGAUAUUUCAGCGAUAAUUCUGUUGGCAUUUCAAUGGAUGAAACAGUUAAGACUUCUGACAUUUCUGAUCUUUUAUGGGUAUUCAACUGUCCAGACAUUGAUUCGACUUUAGCUGAUCCUGCUGUUAUGGCAAUGUCAAUUCAUAAAACUCAGUUCAAAAGGACCUCCCCUUUUUUAACACACCCUAUAUUUAAUAAGCAUCACAGUGAAUCGCGAAUGGUUCGUUACAUGAAGCAAUUAGAGAACAAAGAUAUUUCAUUAGUACACUCAAUGAUUCCACUGGGAUCAUGUACCAUGAAACUAAACUCCACCACGGAAAUGAUUCCAUGCUCAUUUCGACAUUUCACAGCAAUUCAUCCUUUCGUUCCCGUUGAGCAAGCCAAGGGAUACAGACAAAUGUUGACCGAGUUGGAAAAAGACUUAUGCGAAAUUACUGGCUACGACAAGUUUUCUUUUCAGCCAAAUAGUGGUGCUCAAGGUGAAUAUGCAGGUCUCAGAGCAAUCCGAAGUUACCACGAAUCUCGCGGCGACGACAGGCGAAAUAUUUGUUUAAUUCCCAUUAGCGCUCAUGGUACGAAUCCUGCCUCUGCACAAAUGGCAGGUAUGAAAGUGCAAGCAAUAAAAGUGAAUCACAACAGUGGAACUAUCGAUAUUGCACAUCUAAAAGAAAAAAUCGAACAGCAUUCGGAUAAUUUGUCCUGUGUUAUGAUUACUUAUCCCUCAACUAAUGGAAUCUUUGAGGAUAACGUAGUAGAAGUAUGUGAAUUGAUUCAUAAACACGGUGGACAGGUAUAUUUGGAUGGUGCAAAUAUGAACGCUCAAGUCGGGCUGUGUCGACCAGGAGACUUCGGUAGUGAUGUAUCACAUUUAAAUCUCCACAAGACUUUCUGUAUUCCUCACGGCGGAGGAGGGCCAGGAAUGGGUCCGAUUGGUGUAAAAGCGCAUCUGGCACCAUUUUUGCCAACUCAUCCAGUUGUGGACCCGUUAUCGGAAAGUGAAAACAAGAGCUUCGGGGUUGUAAGUGCAGCGCCAUUCGGUAGCUCAUCGAUUCUGCCAAUAUCGUGGGCAUAUAUAAAGUUAAUGGGUGGUCGUGGCUUACGACGUGCUACACAAGUUGCUAUCCUCAAUGCUAAUUACAUGUCCAAGAGAUUAGAAAAUCAUUUUAAAACGCUAUACACGGAUCCAAACACUAAUCUGGUAGCACAUGAGUUUAUCAUAGACGUUCGAGACUUUAAAAAAACAGCUAAUAUUGAAGCGGUAGACAUCGCGAAGCGAUUGAUGGACUAUGGAUUCCACGCUCCAACUAUGUCAUGGCCUGUAACCGGAACACUUAUGGUAGAACCGACGGAAUCCGAAGACAAAGAGGAACUCGAUCGUUUUUGUGAAGCAAUGAUUUCAAUUCGUAAAGAAAUUCACGAUAUCGAAGAGGGACGGUUGGACAUGCGAGUUAACCCGUUAAAAAUGGCACCGCAUACACAGAAACAAACGGUAUCAUCUGAAUGGAACAGGCCGUACCCUAAGGAGCUUGGAGCUUUUCCAGCACCGUUCGUUAAACCAGAAACAAAAGUUUGGCCAACUGUUGGAAGGAUUGAUGACUUAUACGGAGAUAAGCAUCUUGUGUGCACCUGUCCACCGAUGGUUCCUGAUUAUGAAUAAUUUCAAAUAUUGUGAAUAUGAUCAAAUCGAAAAUA